AUGGCGCGGCUGCCCGCGUCCUUGAUGUGUGGCUGCUUCUUCUGGCGCGUGGCUGCGGAGCCCACGCAGGGCAUGGUGUUCCCUCUCAAGGGUGUCAUGUUUCUGAUAAUCCAGAACUCCUUCGUCGACAGCUUCUACGCAGGUGCAGCCACCUUCCAGCAGACGAAAGGUUUAUUGAAGCGAGAGUACUACGACGGGCUUUAUAAGGUUGCGCCCUAUUACGCGUCCUACUACAUCGGCUUCAUGGCUAUGCAGAUCCCGUGGGCGAUCGCUUGGGUGAUGCCUUUGUACGUGCUCUCAGGUCUACCAGCAGAGAUUUCGCAGUUCUCGAUAUUCAUGCUGAUUGGUUGGCUGGUCAUUGUCAUGGGCACCGCGUUGGGGUCGGCCGUGGGGGCGACGACCAAAGACACGGAUGGUGCCCGGGCGAUAUUGGCGCCCCUUAUGAUUAUGAUGAUCCUAUUCUCUGGUUACGUGAUCCCCUACAGCCAGAUACCAUUGAUAUGGAAGCCCUUGUAUUACCUCUCCCCAGUUCAGUGGGGCAUGUCGGUUCUUGAGACCAACCACUACGAGGGGUUGACCUUCGUCGAUUGUGACGAUUCGCUACCUCUCGCGGAGAGGCACUGCUUCGCCACUGGGGAGGAGCUCUUGAAGACAUACGGCAACCCACUCGCGUUCAGCGUGGGCAAGUCCGGCAUGCUGGCAGUGCUGGCGACGUAUUUGGGACUGUUCCUCUCUCUGAACACCCAGGUGAUCAAAAGGUCGGUCCUCGAUGGGCGAGUGUGA